AUGAGAAAAAGGAAAAAGGCUUCAAUAUUGAUUUUAUUCAGUCUACUGGUAUCAAGUGCAGCUUAUAAAGGUAAGAUUUACACUUUAGCAAAGAAUAAUUUACUCGCUUUGAUGAGACCAUUUAAAAAUGGGAAGAAACGUAACUUUCACUUUCCGAAAAAAAAACUCACAUGAGGUCUUUAAAAAAAUGUACACAAAAGAGUUGAUGAGUUCAAGCACAUAAUAACGAUAGUUAUCAUAGAACGUUUUCCCUUUUGAGUCGACUAACUGCAUUUACAGUUUCUGCCACACCAGGUAAAAAAUACAAACUCCGGCGUGAAAUAACUAGCUUCGUUAUUGCUGAACAGUAGUUAUCCCAUUGAAAUAUUUAGCCCGAACCGUGAUGACGUUUUUAUAAUGCGCAUGUUAUAAGCUUCACCGGAUAGAAAAUAACAAAAUAUAUGAUUAAAAAAUGAUAAUAAGUAACUGUGUAUAAGACUUCGAACCCUUUGAUUGCCAAGGUUUUGACCAGCAACUAUUUUUCUCCUGGGGCAAUACAUCAUCACAGGGAAAAUAUUAAUAAUUUCAACAAAAUGAUCACCAACGGGAAAAUGCUUUGAUCUUUUUAUCAAAAUCCUUACCACUAAUUCGUCAAGGAAAUGUAUGAAGUCACUUUCAAGAAUUCGCGUGCUAAUGUUGCGGCUUAAAAGAUUAACAAAUACAUUAAAAGCAAGAGCAAACUUAAAAUACCUAUAGUAAAGUAGCGAAGCCACAAGAGUGGCCAUGCAGUCAACUAAUGGGGGUCGUUUUAUAAAAAAUAGGCGGCGACACAAGCAAAUAGAGAGCAGUCGCGAUCAAGAGAGAGGCAAAUAGCCUGCAUAGAAGUCGUUUGUCUUGAUUUUUAGAGAAUUUAGAAGCAGCCCAUCAUAAUCGGAGCGUAACUCGUAUAGGAGCUAAGUCAUUGAUAGCCUCAUACGUUAGUAAUAUCUUAAAGUCAAUUCGAAAUUUAACCGAACUAGUCCAGUUCGUGCCUCAUUUCAGAAGCGCCGUAUGUAACAUUGUUCUAUUCUCCUUAGAGGUAAUAUUGUAUCUUAUCUUCGGAAGACAUCUAAAUUGAUUUGCCAAACAAUGUUAAAAAUAAUAAGAUUAUACUUUCCCCCUUGCAGUCGCCGAUGGGUCAUCAAAGCCAAACGGCGAAACCGCCGAUAGGGGAAGCAGUUCAGCUGCCAUAAGCGAAGAUAACUUUCGUACAAAACUUGUUGCCGCUGAGAUGGAACAAGAGGUUGCUGCGUAUGGCAAAAACGGAAAAACAUACAGUCCUGAACAAGAGCACGCGGCCUAUAAGAGAGCACAACCCAAAUUAACAGACGAUUAUGAACGUCUCCCACGGGAAGAAGUACAACCAACUCCCUCUUUGUUGCAACAAGGGGGUGUUGCUGUCACUCUAGCCUUGGAUGCCUCGUCUAAUGAGGAUAAUAAGGUUAGAGUACAAGGGACGCAACCUGUCAUUGAGGAGCGGGAACGAAAGGAGACUCCUUAUGGCAAAGUCAAAAGACUAAACGGCGCAGCCGUAAAGGCUCCAUCUUAUAAGGAAACAAAUUUUAUCGAGCCAGAGGCUUAUAAAAAAAGGAGAAGAGGAUACAGUGCUAAUGUUCAGGACUCGGUCUUUGAGGGUCUGAUGGCGAGAGUAAGAGACCGUUUGGCGCAGAGCGGAACGCAGCCUUUCCGAGCCGAGUUGGACCAAGAACGAGUUAAUUAUAGCAGAGACCCAGGAGGAUAUAAGGGUGAUGAAAAGGAUUCGGCUCAUAGGAGAACCUUCACCAGAGUCAUGGAAGAUGGUCAUCGUACAAAUAAGGGAGCGAAGACAAAGAGCGCCUUAGAGAAAAUUGUCGCUCAUUAUGACAUCGGGUCGUCAGAAAUUAGAUGGCCAUAUGGUACUGACGAUCUCCAAAAGGAUAGCCAAAAGAAGAGCCGAGUCAGAAAAAAACGAAGAUUGGGACCUUCCCUCACAGAGGAGGAGGCGAAAAGUCGAGAUACUGGAGAUGAAGGAAAUAAAAAACAGGCCAAAUCAGGUCCAAAAUUACUAAUACUCAUCCCAGCAAUUUGUGGAGGCUUGGCGAUGCUUGGUUUGCUGAUAGCACUUCUAUGUCUUUGGUAUGUUGUUUUAAAAUUUACUCGUCCAAAGUGAAUACUGUUCUAUUGCGUUUUUGUUCAAUCUCACUGUUCAGGAAUUGAAGCGAGCAGAAAUUAAGGUUUAAGUACAUGUUGAAUGCGUCACACUUCGCAAACGAGUUUGCUAUUGUAUAGGCUAUUUGUGAGGGAAAUGCAUCAGUUUCAGCUAGGCUUGUCCCUUCUAAGCCUUUCUUAAUAUUUUCCUGAAAUAUUUUAACUCAUCUUUAACUCAUCUUACAUUGGAGUAAACACACAAUAAACUCGGCGCUUUCCACCGCCGUUGGCUCUAAGACUGGUUUUAGCUCCGUACUUAGUAGUAUUCAAAUAAUUAUGACUCUUCUAAGCUACUGGGUGGUACUAUUCGUACGAAAAGGAGGAAAAAGGUGUCAGUAUUGUGAAUUUCACUGUAUACUAAAAUCUGUCGUUACGCGCACCUGUAGAGCAGACACAACAGUCUUAUAUACGAAACCUGGAGCUCAACAUUUUGUUCUGAGCUUUCUGGUAUUAGAAUUCUCCUUCUUCCAAAUUAUCAGAAUCCAUUACGUAGACUAUUCAAUUUGUUCCUUCGGAACUUUGAAUGUACAGUGAAACCUCUUCUUUGGGACGGCUUCAUAAUACAGGCACCUUUUUAAGGCAAGAUCUCUUGUUUCUUAAGACGCCAAACGUCAGAUAAGCCUUAACCCCAUAAUUUGGACACCUCUAUGAUUAAUAUGGGCAAUGGUCUAGUUGCUGUCCAUAUUAUGGAUGCUUUUUGGUAUGUACUACUUUCCGGACCAAAAGAAUGCUCUUGAAACACACAACGUAAACGGGUUAGGGAGGAGACGGUAGUCUUACAAAUAUCUUUACGACUAGGAUAUAUCGUAAAAUAUUGAAGCAGUAUGACAGAAAUAAUUCAACGUUGUCCAAAGUCGUUAGUAAGGAGCUUAAUUAACAAAGACGGCGACAGCAACGAAAACGUCACUCAAAAAGUGAACUCGGUCUACUUCAAACUUUAUCGCGCUUAUUCCAACUGGUUGAAUUUGUCAAAUGUUGGCAAGUUUUUCUGGAGCUGAAGUCUAAAAGACUGUAUCGAAGUUCAGAAAAAGAAAAAGAAAGUCGCUUUCUUGAGUUCACGUCCUCGACAUAACGUGAAAUUAGGCACUUUCACGUUGUAGGGGUCUUGUAGUCGUGUACCGACGGCAAAGAAAUGUACAAAAAUGCGUGAUGCACGUGCAAAGUUGUUGUUUUGCCAAUCUAAACCAGAGGCAUAUAUGCUUCUGUCUAAACCUAUUGCUUUUUUUUCCGUUCUCUUUACCGUCGCAGCCGUCGUUGCUUAAGCUCCCUAUAAAUACUAUGCUAAAUAGACGUCGUUAAACAGCUGACCUAUUUCCCUUUGCCUCUACUUUUACAUUUGUACAUAGCAAACACUGCGUGAGGAAGUGUAGUAAAACCUUCAAGAAAGAUCCUGAACUUGGAGAGUGCAAUAAACCGUCUGCGAAAAACGAUCUUAUUCUGGAUAUAAAUGAAGAUGAAAUAAAAAUUGAGGUGGAGAAUAAAGAAGACCGUGAUUCUCCUGGACCAAAGCAUAAUUAUCCUGCUUCGUCUCAGCCCUCUGCAGUUUGUGUGGAAUUCGAAGACACACUUAGAAAGCAACUCUCGACGAUCGUGGAGAGCAAAGAGCCAAACUCUAUAAACAACUCGGUAAGUUGUUUGUCAGAUAAAACUGCGCAGAGAUCUCCAUCCUUGACAGCUGUCCCAACACUUCAGGUAACUUCGGAGACACAAAAUAUGGACUGCUCUCAGUCAAUUAUGAGAUUACCACCCUCAUCCUCUCUAAGCUCUGAUGACGAAACAGAACAGGAACUAUCUACUGGAUCCCCAGUAUCCCUGUCGGCUAUCCUCCUUAUUUUUGAUCAAGACAGAGAAUCAACCAGAUCUUCAGAUAUUCUGACUACUCAACCGACAACCCCUCCUGGAGGGGUAGAAUCUUCUCCACCGCCUCCCUCUGCGUUACAAGGUAAUCCCGAGGAAUCAGCGAGAUUGGAAACAACUCCUGGACUGGAAGAAAGAUACAUCCUCGCCACGGAGUCCUCUCCGUCGUCGCAUUCUGAGGAAUCAGUGAGCCUGGAAACAACUCCUCCCGGACUGGAAGAAGGAGACACAUGCGGCAUGGAAUUCUCUCCGUCGUCGCACUCGGCGCUACACGGAAAAUCAGAGGAAUCAACGAGCUUGGAAUCAACUCCUGGACUGGAAGAAAGAGACACCCUCGCCAUGGAAUCCUCUCCGUCGUCGCACUCUGCGCUAUGCGGAAAAUUUGAGGAAUCAGUGAGCCUGGAAACAACUCCUUCUGAACUGGAAGAAGGAGACACGUUCGGCAUGGAAUUUUCUCACUCGUCGCCCUCUGUAUCACAAGGUAAACCCGAGGAAUCAGCGAGCCUGGAAAUUAACCCUUCUUAUCAUUUGACAAGACAUCUUUCUGAGGAAACCGAAACAAGUGACUCAUCCACCGAAUGUUUUAAAACGCCAGUAGCACCUGUUGAUGAGGUGGUUAUAACAGUCGAGGAUGAAGGUGAUGAAUUGCCCCUGGAUAAAGAAAGCUGCGACCAGACUGGUGACGAAGAUAAACAGCAUCCUGAUGACCAAGUGGUAAGUGAUGAUUUAAAAACACGAACAUGA